AUGGAGGGUAUGGACGAGGCAGAAGAGAUUCAACGCGAGCAACUCGAACGUCUCCGAGACUUCCUGGGCCCUCAAGUGGAGGCGACGGGGGCAGCGAUGGCCAAGCGAGACUCUCCGAUCACCUUUGCCAACCCUAAAGCGGCCGAGUUCUUCGUCGACGGAACGAAGAUUCCGGACGUGAACUUCGACGCUGGCCCGUCGUGGUCAGGUCUUAUGCCGAUCUCAGGAGCAGCCAACGAAACUCGCAAGCUUUUCUUCUGGUUCUGGCCCACCAACAAUGCUUCGAAUGCAAACGAUCUUCUCUUCUGGACCAACGGUGGACCUGGCUGUUCGUCUCUGGAAGGGUUCUUGCAGGAGAAUGGCCCCAUCUCGUGGUCCUGGGGACAAGCGGAACCUACUCCGAAUCCUUUCAGCUGGACGAAUCUCGCCAACGUCCUUUGGGUCGAGCAACCUGUCGGCACCGGCUUCUCGCAAGGUCGGCCCGAUAUCAGUAACGACGACGAACUCGCCGCAGAGGUCGCAGGGUUCAUGGAACAAUUCCUCGAAGUGUUUAGCGAGCUGAAAGGGAGCAACUUCUGGGUCAGCGGCGAGAGCUACGCAGGCUUCUACGUCCCUUACAUCGCCAACUUCCUUUACGAAAACCCGAAUCCCGAUCUCAACCUCAAAGGAAUCUGGAUCGCCGAUCCAUCGCUUACUUGGGGACUCGUGCAACAGGAAAUACCAGCGCUUCGCUUUGCACAGGCGAACAAGAACGUCUUCCCCUUCAACUCGACCUUCUGGGCUCAGCUUCAGAACAUCUCUGACACUUGCGGCUACACCGACUACCUCGACCAGGUCACAUACCCUCCGACAGGGCUCCUCCCGUUGCCUGCAGGUGCAACGUUCAACAACGUAACACGCGCCGUUGGGGUCCGGAGCGAUUGUCGGAUGCACAGUCCCAUUCAGCGGCUGUUGGACAUCAAUCCGGUCUUCGACGUGUACCGAGUCACGGAUACGUUCCCCAACCUCUGGAGCGUACUGGGUUUCCCAAGGUCGACCCAAGAGUUCGUUUAUUUCAACCGGACAGAUGUUCAAGACGCCAUCCACGCUCCUCACAUUUCUUGGGAAACCUGCGGCGGCCCUGUGUACAUCAACCCGGCUACCGGUGGCUCGGGAAAUGAUCAGAGUGUCGCGUCGACUCUCAGCGUGUUGCCAAAUGUCAUCGAGAAGAGCGAACGCGUCGCGAUCGUUCAUGGGCUCGCUGACUUCAUAUUGGUUGCUGAAGGCACACGCAUCGCGAUCCAAAACAUGACCUGGAAUGGCUUGCAAGGCUUCCAGACGCCCAUUGAAGAUGAAAACUUCCUCGUCGACAACAUGGGCAUCUUCGGCAACAUGCACCAAGAACGCGGUCUCACAUAUGUCGAGUUCUUCUACAGCGGACAUAUGACGCCACAGUUUGUCCCGUGGGCGGCGUACCAGACGAUUGCGUAUGUCCUGGGCAAACGGGAUUCUCCCUCGGCAUGA